CCCCCCCCCCCCCCCCAGAUUGGAGAAUAAGUUUGUCUAAAUACUGCAGUCCUGUUUGUUACCAAAUACAAGGCAGAUGGGCAGAUGAAGGUGCUACGUGUGCCGUGCCAGCGUACAUGCUCAAGUGUAUGCAGUCACACCCUUUAUUGCAACUUAUUCAUGAGUGUCAUUUGCAUCUAUAUAGGUCAUUUGUGUGCGUGUGUCCUCCAGCUGAGUCCUGCUGGUCUCCACUGAUACCAAGCUCAUGUUGUCCACUAUCGUUUUAUUGUCUCCCUCUAACAUAAAGCAUAUGACCAUUUGUCUUCAUCCACUUUCCUCUCUCCAGAAUGUGAGAGCUUCAGGCUUAUACCUCUCACCCACUCUUCACUUCAGCCUGGAUCACACUGAGGAAAAGUAUCGGGGUGUAUAGUAAUGAUGGGAAAAUCCUCUUUUGAUGCAGCCUUGUGAUCUGAAUAUGUAUUUUCCAUCACAUAAAGGAGUCUAAAUGAUGAAGGCAUGUGGAGAAUGUGUGAUUUGCACUGCUGUAAGUUUGUGCAUCUUUGACAAUAGCUCUAAGAUCCACCUGUCAUAUGGUUUCAUGUUUGAUAUUCUCCUCCUCAGGGUGUCCACUCCCAUAGAGGGCGAGCUUUCAGUCACACAUGUGACUUUGCAGAACGACGAUAAGAUGCUUUAAAUAAUCAUCUGAACUCUCUGGGUGAUAUUUCUAAACUGGGAUUAUUUCACAAGAAACUAUUAUCAGAGGAGAAAGACUGAGCCGACUGAACCCAGAUGGAGUGGCUGAUGGCGCAUUUAUCUGAAAUGACUCGGUUUCAGCAGGGAAUGACACUCCUGGGGGCUAAUUCUGUUUAUUUUUCCGACCUUUGACACAUGCCUUACACUGAGGAAAGCAACACUGUUAAUCCGCGCUUUGGGAACCUGUGACUCAUUCCGUGUCCCGGGUCCGUGCUGUCCCUCCGCCAAGCGGGACUGCAGGGGCCACUUCAUUCACUGAAUCACCGCGUCGGGCCGUAUGGAGACCAAGUUCUGCGUCUUGCGCGCAGCUCGAUAUCCUGGACCGGAUCCUAAAAUAAUACAGAGCAACAGACACUACCUCUACCUCAGUGGGGACAUAAAACAUGCGAAAGCGAAGUCAGGGUGUCUCAGUCGGUGCCCACAAACUCAAACAGGGAACUCCCUCGACGUGUUGAGGCUGUUUUCUCCGCUGAGCGCACACUCCUCCAGCAUCCGUGAACAUGUCUUCGGGUCUGCCUUCCUCUAAAGCCGUCUAUAUCGGGAUGGAGGUGGUGAUCGCCGUGUCGUCGGUCAUCGGCAACGUGAUGGUGGUCUGGGCUGUGCGUAUUAACCGGUCUUUGAGGGACACCACGUUUUGUUUCAUCGUCUCCCUGGCCUUGGCUGACAUUGCGGUCGGCGCUCUUGUCAUCCCCCUCGCCAUCACCAUCAGCAUCGGACUCCAGACGCACUUCUACAGUUGCUUGUUGGUCGCCUGCACGGUGCUUGUCCUCACUCAAAGUUCAAUCCUGGCGCUCCUGGCCAUCGCUAUCGACCGCUAUCUGAGAGUCAAAAUACCCAUGAGCUACAAACGGGUGGUGACACCUCGGCGAGCUGGCACAGCCGUGUUAUUGUGUUGGCUGGUGUCCAUCAUAGUGGGCCUCACGCCCAUGUUGGGUUGGAAUAACCUGCAGCUUCUCCGUGACAACGGCUCCCUGGUCACUGAUGACCUCUUGGUGACCUGUGAGUUUGAGACAGUCAUCAGCAUGGACUACAUGGUCUACUUCAACUUCUUUGGCUGGGUGCUGCCACCUCUGCUCCUCAUGCUAGCCAUCUAUGUCGAGAUAUUCUACAUGAUCCACAAGCAGCUCAACAAGAAGGUGACAGCUAGCCACACAGACCCCAGCCGCUACUAUGGCAAGGAGCUCAAGCUAGCCAAGUCACUCGCCCUUGUUCUUUUCCUCUUUGCAGUCAGCUGGCUCCCUCUUCACAUCCUCAACUGCAUCACCCUCUUUUGCCCCGCCUGUAAUAAGCCAGAGUUCCUCAUUUACAUCGCCAUCAUCCUCACCCACGGCAACUCGGCUGUCAACCCCAUCGUGUAUGCUUUCCGCAUCAAGAAAUUCCGCACAACGUUCCGUAAAAUCUGGAAACAGUAUGUGCUUUGUCGGGAAUCAGUCGGUCGGCUUCCUCAAAGAGGGAGCCAGACAGGACAAAGUCAUGAGAGGAGGCUGAGGCAGAAUGAUGAUGACGAUGAUGAUGUGUGACCUUUGCUAACUAAUUGGAUUGCUGUGUAACUGUUGAGUUUCACUCCGCUGGUUCACAGAAUGGAGGACUCUGGCUUUAUGUUCGAGGAAUUACCGGUCAAAACAGCCUUUGGCAUCACAGGAUGUCAGACGUGGGAACUCCAUCGUGAACUGACUGAUUCACUCCAUCAGACACACUCUAAGAGAGCAGGAUGACAAAUCAGCAUGGAGACAGGAUAAACGUCCUCAAUCAGACUUUGAUUUUAAUCAGAUUGAUGGUUUAUUUCUCCACUGGCUGACAAAAUGAAGAUGAUGCCGUAUGAGAUAAUGGGCUUCUCAUCAGUUUCAGCACCAACCUGUUGAACUUGAAUCAGUAAGUGUAUAUCUGUAGCACAUGCUGUACAUGAGUAGUGUAUGCUAUAUUGUAUUUCUGACCUGAAUUAAAACUCAUGGCCUUUUUUAUGUGAAUGAUCUCAGAUAGUUAAACAUCAUAUUAUGUGUUACAUUUACAUGUCUGUGGCCUUAAAGACAGAAAAUGAAGAGGAACUAAGCUGCUAAAGUGUAAAUCUGGUAAACCAGUGGUGGGCAAGCAGGAAGUUUGCGCAACCAACUUGGUGCUUUGAGUUGGACCAGGACACAGGAUGUACUGUAUGCUGGCUGCAUGGGUAAAAAAUAGGUCAAACUGACUUGCUUGGAAUUACAGUCGAGAAUCUUUGGUGCGAUGAACGUCUAGUUUGCCUGCACCAAUGUCAGUUGUGCAGUAACUUAUUAGACUCAUGGCCCAUACAGAUGUGUGGUCCAAUGCAGCACAAGUGAAGAUUGUGUUUUUGCUGCUUUUGAGAACAUUUGACUGGCAGAGUGACUAAUACUAGGUAGUAAUAGUUGUAGCUGAAAACAGCAUCCAUACUAUAAGAAAAAAUUACUUGAUGCUCCUCUGUAAGUAUUUGUUGGCCACCUAUUACUAACUAUAUAACUAUAGCUGCUGGACUGUGAAUCUAAGAAAUGUUGGAGCUCCUCCAUCCAAUUUUUAUCUGGGGGAUAAUCAAUUUAAACCUAAAAUGUACCUCUACUGUGUACAUGCAUCACCAGGCUCUUUCCACUACUAGUGGAAAGAGUGUUUUCUGUUACGUUUUCAUUUCUGUUAUGGGGUUGACUUGAAGGUUCAGCGUGUAGGAUUUAGGGGGAUGAUAUUGGCAGAGAUAGAAUAUAAUAUAACAAAUAUGUUUUCUGUGGUGUGUAAUCGCUUGAAAAUAAGAAUCAUAAUGUUUUUGUUACCUUAGAGUGAGCCAUUAAUAUCUACAUAGUGAGUAGGUGUUCGUCCACAGAGUCCACCACGUUGGACCACUAUGAUUGUGCAGUAGCCCAGAACAGACAAACCAAACACUGGCCCCUGAUAUGGCCAUUUGUGUUGUUAAAAUUCUGUGAUUGCCACUGUAGUUAGCAGCCCCUCCGCACAAUGAGCAGUGUCAUAAAAACGCCUUCUUUUUUUUAAAUUUAAAACUUUAUUCAGUGUUUUUAUCGGUUUAAAUCAUUGGGUCCAUUUGCUUUGGAAAGGAAGAAACCUUUCUCCAAAUUCUCAUUGGUCAGACAAUCGCUGGUGUUACUUUAAUAAGUGUGUGUGUCCACCAAAGGUUUCUUUACCUAGCUGAAAAAGGACACCUGUUAUUGCCCUCUGUGAUAAUUGGGUCUUUGCUGUGUUUGUCCUGCCCCUCCCACUGUGAUUGGACAGCUGGUGACAGUGACGAGAGCAGGAUUUUUACCCAGAGUUAAACAUUAUUCAACUCUCAUAUUUAAUCACAGAACAGAUAGUCGCAGAAGACAUUCAGUGUGGGAUUUAUCACUAUAGGUUUAUUUUAACAACUCUCCAAAAAGACACUGCAGUUAAAAGCUGGAUUAAAAAGCUUCUGAAAGGUAUACAAUCACACCGGAGCCCUUGUUGGAGCGGCAGGAUGGUUAAUGUUAGCUACUCAGCAAAAAAAUCUCCCUCUUAUAUGCAGGUUUCAGAGAUAUUAAUGUUAGUAAUGCUAUGUUGUACAUGACAUUGUCAACCAAGUUAACUUCUCAAGUGUUCAGUAUGUCAGAUUUUUCUCAUCAGUCCUGUUCUACACUUAGUGGUGAGACAAACUCACGCAAGCAGGUGAGGUCGAAAAAAUGUGUGCAGUUUUUUUUCUGGCAUUAUUACAUUGGAGACCACAUUUAAAUUUCACUCAAGGCAUUCCACUUGCCUGAACACAGAGUUAACUUGCCCUUGGCAAGUGUUUAUAUGGAUCCCUGUAACGGGAUAAAUCCACUUUGGUGGACACACAGUGCUAAAAGGUUGUGCACUCAGCGCACUGGGCCGAUUUAGUUGAUAUAAAGAUAACCUCAACAGAUUAUUUAACCCUAAUAUAUUGGUCAAUGAGCAGGCAGAAUUUCAGUCAACCAAGAUUUUCUUUGGUUGAUUACAGCCCUAGUUAUCAGAGAAGAAAAAGUAAGCACACAUUAGCAGUUGCUGGGCUAGCGGCCUGUCUCCAGCAUGCCAAACAAUGUCAGAGAAACACUGAUUUGUUACAUGAAACUGCUUUAUUCAGUGUUUUUACUGACUUUAUUCACCUGGUUCAUUUGUUUUGGAGAGGAGGACACCUAUGCGAAUAAUUCAGCUUUUGAUUAAAACCUCCCGAACAAUGAACAUUAAAGUAAUCCCAACCAGGAGUUCAUGCUUAGCACAAUGGAGAAGUUUCAGCUGGUUGCAAUCUGCAAUCCUCUACACUAGAUGGCACUAAAUCCUACACGCUGCACCUUUAAAACUGACCAGUGUUGCCCAUUCAAAUUAGUGAGAUUCAACAUAAGAGGACAUACACUGAAACGCCACUGCUGACACGUACAAUAUGUACUGUAUGUAACGAAUAUAUGUAUAAAUGUUAAUGGGAGAUACUGUAUAAAAUUCACCUCACUGAGCCAGCAGGUGUUCUCUUACAGCUGUUGAUUGGGAAAAUCACCCUUCAACCAUCUCAUAGGAAGCAAAAAAUAUAUCAGCAUAUGGUGAGGUCUGAUUAAAAUUCAUAAUGCUAAGAUGAAAUGAUUUUAUUAUCUGUUCACAUGAAAACGUGUCUUGCAUUACAUGCUCAAAACAAAACAUAAACACCCUCCAGUAAUCAUCAGAAACACAUGAUACAAUAUAUGUAGUACCUGAGAACAACACAUUUGUCCCUUGUUAUGCGCACACACACACACACACACACACACACACACACACACACCAGACAUCCAGACAUGUAUUAUUCCAAGUCCAUAUCACUGUAUGUGUGGUGGCAUGUGGAUAAAUCCACUCUGUUCUUUAUGACAGAAAUAGCAUCUCAGUUUUCUCUCCGUGCUUCUCCGUAUCGGGGCUAAAGCCAUCAGCGAUGAGAGGUCAUUUUUUGCGCGCACACAUUGAUCUUCUGCCAUUCGGCAGAGAGAGCUGCUCAUGUGUGAAUAAGUGAGGAGGUUAUGAGGGCGUAGGAGUCCAGGGGUGAGGUGGGACAGGGUGGAAGGAUUAUUCUGUUUACAAGGGAACCUGAAGGUGAGACUGCCGCUGAGGAACUCAUCAAGACAACUCUGAGGAGGUCAACACUGAGGCCACCCUGUCGCUUUCCCAUCAAAUAAACAGGCCUGUUAAUGUGACCCUGUUGAUCUCUGUCUUUACCAUCUGUGACAAUGUGUAACAACAUAUACAGUUCACACACACACACACACACACACACACACACACGCGCACACACACACACACAUAGUAUGUCUUCAUCAGACAAGUGUACUCUCAUUGUAUUUCCAGUGCUGCUCUUGUAAUAAUGUUUCCAUGUGAUUCUUUUCUCACUUUGUGCUCCUGUGAAAUAUUUAUAAAGUCACUAAGUGUAGAAUUGGAUAUUUAUCAAGAUUUAAGACAUUAUAACAUGUUUGUAGAAAAAUGAGAUAAUCUAGAGGAAAAUUCAAAGUGUAUGUUGUCUAUUAUUAUUAUUAUUAUUAUAGAGGAUGAGGACGAAUGUACCUAACACAGUGUCCUUUUUGUUACUACCACUGGGGGGUGCCAACAUCUGACAUUAUUAAUUCUACACAUAGUGGCUUUAAGGUUUUAUCUGUUUGUUUUUAUCUGUUUGACUGAACCAGUGUUAUAAUUUAAACAUGAUUUGUGCAAUACUCUCAGAUGUACAUUACCAAUAUCAAAAGAAAAACUAUAGCAUAGAUAUUGUACAUGUUGACACUGUUAAUCAGACUCAAGUGCUGGACGUUCACGGCGGUUUAAGUGCUAAUAUGGUGAGCUGUUUUGUCAGUCAUAAUUAUGAAGGAAUACAUUAAUAAAAAGGUCGAUUGAUGAACUUAAAAUACAGAAGGCAGACUCUUAAUCUUUGCUCAUUGUGAAUGUUUUGUAAAUGCAGCUCAUGUUAACUGCUGUGCUGUUAACGCUAACAUCAAAGACUAGAGGAAGGAGAUAAAGUUGCUUUCAUCAUUGAUGCUUACUAAGAAUUUGAUGAUGAGUGUUAUCCAGUAGUUUUGAUAUUCAAUAGAAGGUCUUUACAGGAUUGUAAGAACACGUCAUCACUCAAUUUUCAUACACCAGAAUCUUUUUAUGUUUCUCUGUUGCUCACUCUUUCUGUCAAACGUACACACUCACACAGACAAGUAAAGUCAAGCUUAUGUGGCCUGAAAUCAGAGGUUUGUGCCAGAGGGCUACACAGUAUUUGAAGUAUACACCAAUCAGCCACAACAUUAAAACCAGUGACAGUUGAAGAAGAUGGAUCAUAUUGUUACUAUGCAGCAUCCUGCUGGGAAACUUUGGGUCUUGGCAUCAUCCACCUAAACAUGGCUGCAGACCAAGUACCCCCCCCCCCCCCUCCCCCUGGCAAAAACUGCUCUGA